GGGAUAAGUUCAACUUUCAUUUUCCUACUUUUGAUUGCAGUCUCUUCUGCUUUACUCUUUGCUAGUAAGCCUAUGUCCUAGAAAAUGUUGAGAACAGUGUUACAGCUGAUCCUUUUGGUUCUACUACUACUCACUUACUUUAACGAUAGUUUUAUGGCUGCUGUUGAUUCUUUUAAUUUGUUAUUUACCGAAUCAUCUAGACCAUUCAAGGGCUGCCGUGAUGCACUACUGUUGCUUGGAAUCUAUUAUGCAACCAAGAAAAGUAUCUGCAUCCUCAGUGACUUGUCAGUUGGAGUACGAACAUAUUUAUGGCCAAAGGUAUCACCAACUGAUCUAUCCCAGUAUGGUAAAUGGGCAGUUAUAACUGGUGGUAGCGAAGGAAUCGGUCGUGGUUAUGCUUUCGCCUUGGCCGAAAGAGGCUUAAACAUUAUUCUGAUUGCACGUGAUAUGAGAAAAUUACAAUCUACCGGAGAUGAAAUUAGAGAUCGUUUUGAUGUUGAAGUCGAACAAAUAUCUGCUGAUUUCAAUGAAGGGCCAUCAAUUUAUAGACUGAUUGAACAAAAGUUAAGAGGGAAAGAAAUAGGAAUUUUAAUCAAUAAUGUAGGUGUUAUGCCUGCUCGACCGUCACCUUUUCUCACUAAUGAUUCUGACUAUCUUCAAAGAAUUCUCAAUGUUAAUAUGGGAACUGUCCUGUUUAUGACUCAGAUAGUUCUUGAAGACAUGGUGUCUCGAGAAAAGGGGGUCAUCGUAAACAUAUCCUCAAUCGCGGGAUACAAUCCGUUGCCUUUAAUGUCAGCAUACUCUGCUUCAAAGGCUUUUGUUGAUUACUUUUCCCGGUCUUUACAAUAUGAAUAUAAAGAUAAAGGAAUCAUUGUCCAAUCUAUUAUGCCCAGUUAUAUUUGUCCAUCACGAGAAAACGAUUUCAGUGCCAUCCUCACUACUCCAAGUAUAUUAUGUCCAACCGCCAAUGUGUUUGCCGACUCGGCUGUUCAAACUAUUGGUAAAAAUAAUCGUACUCCUGGAUAUUGGCCACAUGGUCUUAUAGCUUGGUCAAUAUCUCAAAUACCCCAAUUUAUUUGGUAUCCUCUUGUGUGGAUGAUUCAAGAACAGUUAGCUUGCUGAAUCUUAUCAAUGCAUUCCUCAAAAGUUCAAGGAAAAAUUAGGAACCAAUGGAUCCUUCACUAUUUUCAUCAGCUUUAAAAGUCAAUAAUUAUGACUUCGUGUAUAGAUUCACUUAGAAAAAAUCCAUUUUCCUAGUUUAUGAUCUCUCUUUCUUUUGUUGUUUUUUUCACUCCAUGAACAAAACUCCUUUUUUGUUAAAUUCUAAAAUUUAUUAAAGUUAUCAGACUUUCCAGUCUCA